GGAGUGGGUGUAUAGCAACAGCCUGCAUACCCAAGGAUCGGAGUAAAGUGACAGUCUCAGCUCUGUGUCGUACCCACUAUGUUGUGGACAGUGAGACUCUGCCUCCUGUUGGCCACGUCCUCUUCAGGUGUACCACUGGAUAGAUACAGCACCAAAGGACAGCAUAAAGUACUGCUCGUCUCCUUCGAUGGCUUCAGGUGGGACUACGACCGCGAUGUGGACACGCCAAAUCUGGACACAAUGGCCAAAGACGGGGUCAAGGCCAGAUAUGUGACCCCACCUUACCUCACCAUCACCAGUCCCACACAUUUCACCCUCCUAACAGGGCGCUACAUUGAAAACCAUGGGGUGAUCCACAACAUGUGGUUCAACAUCACCACCAGUGAGAAACUGCCUUACUAUGCUACCCAGUUUAAGAAUGAGUGGUGGGACAACGGCACUCUACCCAUCUGGAUCACAGCCCAGAGACAGGGCCUGAGGGCUGGCUCUCUUCACUUUCCUGGCACGCAAUCCACCUACCAGGGAGAGACGCAGACAGUGAAGGAAGUGGAACCACGGUUUUAUGACUACAAAAACGAGACAAAAUGGCAAGAGAACGUAGAGAAGGUGAUGGGCACCUGGUUCAGUGAGAUGGACCUGGACUUUGUGUCACUGUAUUUUGGGGAGCCUGAUGGCACAGGCCACAAAUAUGGGCCUGAUUCCCCUGAGCGGAGGGAGAUGGUCAAGCAGGUGGACAGAACAGUGGGCUACAUCCGCAGCUUGGCUGAACAAAACGGACUUGCCGAUAGUCUCAACAUCAUCAUCACCGCUGACCAUGGGAUGAGCAAUGUGUACCGCAACGGCUUGGUGAAGGAGAUCACCCUUUCCAGGAUCCCCGGAUUCUCCUUCAGAGAUAUAGCCUUUCACCUGGUGGACUUUGGGCCCUCUGGGAUGCUGCUUCCCAAGAUGGGCAUGCUGGAUAAGGUCUACAACGCCCUGAAGGGGGCGCACCCUCACCUUCAUGUCUUCAAGAAGGAGGAGAUGCCCAAGCGCCUUCACUUUGCUAAUAACAACCGCAUCCUACCCAUCAUCCUCUUCUCUGACCCUGGAUAUGUCAUUAACGGGUUCCUCCCAGUGCAGUUCAAUGCGGGGGAGCAUGGCUUUGACAACGAAGAAAUGGACAUGAAGCCCUUCUUCAGGGCUGUGGGGCCAGCGUUCCAAAAGAACCUGGAGGUGGGCCCCUUUGAGACAGUGAACAUAUAUCCCUUGAUGUGUCACAUACUGGGCAUCAAGCCUGAUCCCAAUGAUGGCCACCUGGAUGCCACAAAACACAUGCUGGUCUCUGCCACAGAGGACCUCCGUCAGGACAUAAAAUCAAAUAUCUUUGUUGGAUUGGCAGCAGUGGCUGGAUUUCUUGUUGUGGUCUUCAUAGCUGUUGUGUCAUUUAAUGCAUUCAAGAAGGAGAAAAAUGAUAGAAGAAAUGAAGCUCCAAACUUGCAAGAAAUCUCCACCAUGCUUCACUGUUGAACCUCCGCCAUGCUUCACUUGCUUGCAGACUCUCAUUUGUGUACCGCUCUCCAGCCCUUCAGCAAACAAACUGCCUUCUGCUACAGCAAAAUAUUUCACAUUUUGACUCAGUCCAGAGCACCUGCUGCCAUUUUUCUGCACCCCAGUUCCUGUGUUUUCGUGCAUAGUUGAGUCACUUGGCCUCGUUUCCACAUCAGAGGAAUGGCUUUUUGGCUGCAAGUCUUCCAUGAAGGCCACUUCUGACCAGACUUCUCCAGACAGUAGGUGGGUGCACUAGGUUCCACUUUUCUGCCAAUUCUGAGCUGGCACUGCUGGACAUCUUCCGAUUGCGAAGGGAAGUAAGCAUGAUGUGUCUUUCAUCUGCUGCAGUAAGUUUCCUUGGCCAACCACUGCGUCUACAGUCCUCAAUGUUGCCCGUUUCUUUGUUUUCUUCAAAAGAAUUUGGACAGCACAUCUGAAAACCCCUGUCUGCCUUGAAAUGCCUGCCUGGAAGAGACAUUGCUGAUGCAGUAUAACUACCUUGUGUGUUGUUGCUGUGCUCAGUCUUGCCAUGGUGUAUGACUUUAACAGUAAACUGUCUUCAGCAACCUCACCUGGUUAGCUGAGUUUGGCUGUUCUUCACCCAGUUUUAUUCCUCCUACACAGCUGUUUCUGUUUCAGUUAAUGAUUGUGUUUCAACCUACAUAUUGAAUUGAUGGUCAUUAGUACCUGUUUGGCAUAAUUGUUUAAU